GGGCUUGCCCCGAAGCGAUCGCUCGGUGUUGUAUGUACUGCUUCUGCGUUUUCCCUAAUAGUAAUUUGUGUGCCACAGCAGAACGUCUCCGAUCUGCAACAUCUGACUUGCCCGCAAAAAUAAAAAUAAAAAAUUCAGCCGUAAAGUAAAGAAAGCUGAAGGGAGGCGACUGUCCUCCGACUGCGCCUUGCGGCAUGAGGAUGGUCCGUGCGUCGGCGUUCAGGUGCGUGUGAAGCAUGGUCCCCGUAUCCAGCGUUUGAAGAGCAGACGGCCACCAGCGUGUGUUGCCUGUUCAACCAGAUCGAGUCGGACUGGAGAAGCAAUAGCAUCGGCCAUGGAGGAGAAACGCGAGUUCCUUUGUGGGGUUGUGGAAGGCUUUUAUGGCCGGCCCUGGUCCAUGGAGCAGAGGAAGGUGCUUUUUCAGUGGAUGGAGAAGUGGGGCUUGAACACCUACCUUUAUGGCCCCAAAGACGACCUGAAACACCGGCUGCUCUGGAGGGAGGUGUACUCUCAGGAGGAGGAAGCUCAGUUGAAGACUCUGGUGUCAGAGUCAGAGUCGCGCGGCCUGCGAUUCGUUUAUGCCCUUUCGCCUGGGCAGGAUAUCGUCUUCUCAAGUUCCUGUGAUAUCGGCCUGCUGAAGCGAAAACUCAAGCAGGUGGCAGACUUGGGAUGCCAGGCCUUCGCCAUUCUCUUCGACGAUAUCGACCAUUCCCUGUGCCAGGCGGACAGUGAGACCUUUUCCUCAUUCGCCCAUGCCCAGGUUACCGUGACCAAUGAGAUCUUCCGUUUCCUAGGGGAACCAUCUGUCUUCCUUUUUUGUCCCACAGAAUACUGUGGCUCUCUCUGCUCACCAAACGUGGCCAAAUCCCCCUACCUGCUGACAGUGGGGGAGGACCUACUGCCUGGGAUAUCCGUCAUCUGGACUGGAAGCAAGGUGAUAUCCCGUGAGCUCAGCGCAGACUCCCUGGAGGAAGUGCAAAUGGUGCUACAGCGCCCCCCUCUGGUUUGGGACAACCUCCACGCCAACGACUACGACUCAAGGCGGGUCUUCCUGGGCCCCUUCAAGGGCCGAGCCCCUGGGCUACGGAAGCACCUGAGGGGAUUGCUGCUCAAUCCAAACUGCGAGUUUGAGGCCGACUACAUCCCCUUGCACACCCUGGGGGCGUGGCACCGGGCAGGGCACCAGAAGGAUGCUGAGGGACAGUACUGCCCAGAGGAGGCGCUCUCAGCUGCUCUGAAGGACUGGAUGGUGGAGCUGAACCAAACAUUACACCCAGGUCGUCAGGACAGGCCAGUGGAGCUGAAGCCAUCAGUGGCCAAAUCAAAGUCAAAAACCGCAGGGAGCGCUGACAAUCAUCCCGCCACUAGGGGGAGCCAACUGAAAUCCUUGUUGGAUGCUACUCAAGGGCAAGGCUCCCCUUCAGAAGCUUCCACGAAGCCCACCCUGGGUACGACACCGGAUCGCGGGGGGCAGGACACCGGCGUGGCCUUGUGUAGCGAGGAGGGGGAUCUGAUUGCUGAUCGAAAAACCAAAUCUCCCAGUGCCGAGGAAGACCGACAGGAAGGCAAAGACUCAAAAGAAGAAAGCCAAGAAGGGGGAGGAAAGGCCAAAGAGCGCCCCCCCUCCAGGAAUGGCAUUCAGGUCAAGACCCAGGGCAAGGUCUCAUGUGGUAGCAAGACCCCCCUGACUGAGUCGGAGGUUCGACUGCUGACGGGACUGUACUACCUUCCCCACGAGCAUGGCGCCCCCGCACAGCGCCUCCUACAGGACCUCGCCUGGCUGAAGGCCAACAGCCACUGCGUCAGCGCCAAUGGCAAGAAGGGCCAGUCGCAGAAGGCUGAGGAGUGGCGCCGGCGCGCCGAACAGUUCCAGGCGGCGUGCGAAGACAUUGCGCGGCUGCACUGCAGCGUGGUCAACAGCGUCAACCGGGCCUUCCUCUACGACCUGUACCCCUACGUGUGGGACCUGCGCAACACCGCCUUGGUAGCCAAGGCCUUCAUUAGCUGGCUGGAUGGGCGGGUGCUGAAUGAUGGCUGUCCUGCAGGAUCCUGGAGGAACUGUUUUCACUGGUGUGGUACGACCAUGGGUGCAGAGCUCCUGGGGGUGGAGUCGGAGCCCUGGAUGUUCAAAGGGGGGCUGGCAGGAGAGGUGCAGAUGCUCCUCCCAGUCGGGACCAACAGUGAGCUUUUUAGCCACCCUCCUCCCCUCUUCCCCACCUCCAGGCUGUACAACAUCCGCCCCUUCCAGCUCAAAGACAAGGUGGAGCUGUACCGCAUGGUGCGUCAGCUUCACAUGAAGACCCUGGGAAUCCCCGAUGCUGCCUUAACCCACCCUGACCUCAUGGGAGACCGGUUUUUGGGGGCAUUCCUGGCCCUCUGCCCAGAGUACAGCUUCGUGCUGGAGGACGAGCUGGGAGUUUGUGGCUGUGCCCUGGGCAUCCUGGACGUGCGCUCCUUCGCCAAACGAUGCCAGGCCACAUGGCUGCCUUCCAUGAGGGACAAGUACCCCUCCCGUACACACGGGGUCGCUGCACCGCAGGAGGUGCUCCUGCUGUACCAGGAUGAGCAGUCUGAUUACCCCGACUCCUUGCUGUACCACUUCCCAUCUCAGUUGUGUCUGGAUGCCCUACCUGAGUUGGUAGACUGCAGCGUGACCCGGAGUCUGCUGACCGUCCUGUUCAGUGCCCUCAAGGCUAACGGCUCCCAGGGAGUGUUCUGCGAGGUGCUUCCUACGGACCACACACGCCUGGAGUUUCUGACUAAAUUGGGCUUCCUGGAAAUCCUGCGGGGUGAGGCCAGACCACGGGAAGGCCUGGUCCUUGGCCGGCUGCUGUAGUGCACCUGUCAGGUGUUGGGAUUUUCUUCUCUGCGGAAGCACUUAUUUUUCCCAUCACUAACAUACGCUAUACAUCGCCUCGCUUUUUAUAUACAUUGUCCUUUGAGUACCUGUCUCCUUUUGAACUGACCCUAUUCCACAGCAGUAUAGACACAGGAUGCAAGUGACAGAAAAUGCACACAGCAGCACACACACACAAGCUUUUGUGAGCAAGACUGGCCUGGCACAAUGCGGUCCCAGGGGACUCGACCCAAACAAACACAAAUUGUAUUUCAGUUAAAGCCUGGCCAGAUUAAAUUACACACUGCGUAAGACAUGCUGUUAGGCUUUGUGUUAAGAACAUGGCAUUGUGUACUCAGUACUCACAUUACUGAGAGCUGAGACUGCCAAACAGAUAAGCCUUUGUUUCAUCAUACCGAACAAUAAAUAUAGUUUUAAUAUAGCAUUAUCACUCGUGUCUGCUACAUUACCAAGCGUGUCCUCUUUUUGAUCACUUCCCAUGAAAAAAGGCUGUAUACCAACUAAUAGAACAGUUAUUUUGGCAUGCUGCUUGAUCUUUGUUUGCUAAUAACCAUCUGACGUUCUGGUUCACGUUUUAUUCGGUCAGCUAGCCGAUUUGAAUCUUCUUUCUUAUCUUUUAUUGUCGCACUAGUGACUGAUGCGUGUUCAUUCCUGGAGUAGUCUGGUGUGUCUUAUCUUAGUUGCUCGUGCCGUCUCAUUCGCAGCAACCAAGAAAACAGAUAGAACAGUGAUUGUGUUGGCGGACGGUCUAUAUGCAUUUUUUUCUUACUGGAUGAUUAAAACUUUGUAGGAUUGCCAUUAAAGAUGUUCUUUCCCUGAUAA